AUGACCGUUCGACGGCUUUGUCGUGACCAAGUGAUAACGGCAGUCAACGGUGAAUAUCCCGGCCCGACAAUUCAUGUUCAGGACGAGGACGUUCUAGUCAUUCACGUUUCCAACAACUCCCCCUAUGAUUUAACCAUUCAUUGGCAUGGAGUAUUCCAGCUAAUAAGUGGGUGGGCGGACGGGCCAGAAAAUAUAACCCAGUGUCCGAUACGACCAGGUAACACGUACACAUACAGAUUCAAGAUCAAAGGACAAGAAGGAACUUUGUGGUGGCACGCCCACUCGUCUUGGCUACGCGCCACCGUCCAUGGCGCCCUUCUCAUUCGACCCAAGUUCGAUCAGCCACUGCCAUACCCAAAGCCUUACAAGAAGGUUCCUAUAUUGUUGGGAGAGUGGUGGAAUGCCAAUGUUGUCCAUGUUGAAGAGGAAGGCCUCGCCACUGGUCGCGGUCCUAAUGGCUCUGAUGCCUACACUAUUAAUGGACUCCCAGGAAAUCUCUACCCUUCUCCCAAAAUCGUAAAAACAUAUGAAUUGAAGAUGGUACGUGGGAAGACAUAUUUACUUCAAGUAAUCAACGCUGCACUCAAUAACCAACUCUUCUUCAAGUUAGCCAAUCACAAAUUCACUGUCGUCGCCGUCGACGCCACCUACACCGACCCAUACGUCACCGACGUCAUCGUCCUAGCUCCAGGCCAAACCACCGAUGUCCUCGUCAAAGCUAACCAACCUCCCGGCUCAUACUACAUGGCGGCGCGUCCCUACGCUCAUACGCAAUCCCAAAUAGGCUUUCCAAACACCAUUACACGCGCCGUCGUAAUCUACGACGGUGGAUCCCCCUCGACUGCUCCAAUAAUGCCGGUUCUACCAGCGUUCAACGACACCCCAACAGCACACAAAUUUUACAGCAACAUAACUGCUCUCGUGGGGGCCCGCCACUGGGUCCCAGUUCCUCGCCACGUGGACAAUCACAUGUAUGUGACAUUUGGUUUAAACCUAGCCCCGUGCGGGGCAGGUAAUGGUAGCACGUGCGGCGGGCCAAACGGGCAGCGACUAUCGGCGAGUAUGAAUAAUGUGUCGUUUGUGAUACCAAACGACGCCGGAUUGUCGAUGUUGGAGGCGUAUUUUCAUAAGUUGGAGGGAGUUUAUAGUAGAGAUUUUCCGGAUGACCGGCCGGUGAAAUUUGAUUACACGAAUUCGAGUUUAGGACUGGAUAAUUCAUUGAUUUUUGCGCCGAAGGCUACCAAAAUGAAGAAAUUGAAGUUUAAUUCGACAGUGGAGAUUGUUCUUCAGAAUACUGCUUUCAUUGCGAAGGAGAAUCAUCCACUGCAUCUCCAUGGAUUUAACUUCCAUGCACUGGCACAAGGCUUUGGAAAUUAUGACCCGAUUCGUGACCCGAAGAAGUUCAAUUUUGUUAACCCGCAAAUUCGGAAUACCAUCGCCGUCCCCGUCGGCGGUUGGGCUGUCAUCCGAUUCCAAGCCAACAAUCCAGGUGUAUGGUUGAUGCACUGCCACUUGGAUGUUCACUUACCGUGGGGAUUAGCCAUGGGUUUUGAGGUCGAAAACGGACCAAUUCCUUAA